UCCAUGGUAACACAGCAGCGAGCUAUGUCGGUUGCGGUAGCGGGAAGCGAAAUGGAAAAAGGGAUAGCGGAGGCUGACGGAGUUUCUGAAGUUUUUCAGAUUUCCUUGGUGUUCCCAAAUGGAGACACUUACGAUGGCGAAUGCAGAAGAUCGGCAGCAGGAGCACUGGAGAGGAGUGGAAUGGGAGUAAACCGAAGUCCAAAUGGCGUGACCUAUACCGGUUCAUGGAAACAUGACAGGAUGCAGGGGCUCGGAAAGCUCGAGCAUCCUUCAGGAGCAAUAUAUGAAGGAGAAUUCAUUGACAACAAGUUUCACGGAAGAGGUACUUACACAUUUUCCAAUGGCGCUCAGUAUAUUGGAAAUUUUACAGAGAACAAGAUGAUAGGAGAAGGUGAAUAUGUGGAUGCCAAUGGGCUGCAAUGGAAAGGAUCAUUUCAUUAUAAAGCAGCACCCGGACUGAAGUUAAGGUUGAAAAUGUAAAUGAUGCCAGAUUUCCAGCUAAUGGGACGACUUCACACCUGCUCUGCGGCUCUGCCUCGAUCAUAUCACUUUCACAGGUUUUCUAAAGUCAGAUCAUCUCCUGUAGGCCAGGAGAUAAAGCAAGACUUCUAAUCUCAAAUGUCCAUAAGGUGCUUGCAAUAUGUCCUGAGAUCUCUAUUAGGCCUCUUGUACAUGAACGUGUGCUGGCCGUGCGUGUGCUGCGGGCCGCAAAUUGCGGUCCGCAAUGCACAGGCACCGACCGUGGGCCAGCCGCAUGCGGAUCGCAACCCCAUUCACUUGAAUGGGGUCCGCGAUCCGUCCGUUCC